GGGGCGUGGCCAGCUGCUCGAUCGGUGAAGACGCCAAAUGGCGUGCGUAUCCCCUGUUUUGGGCGAAGAGAGUGGAGUUUUGGAGGCAUUGUCAAAGGCCUACUCACUCCCUGUCCUGUACGCCCGUAAGGCAGUGGUAAAGUUCAACUCGAGGGAAAUGGACUCGCCUCUACCUCGCUACACCUUCUCCUUUCAGUCAGGCGACUACCUUCACUUCAAACAGCCAUACGGGACUACUGGUUGGUGGGUGGGGCGGGUGGUGGGAGAGAGAACGUGGCUGGGACUGCUCCCCAGUGAGGAGAAGCUGCUGGCUCACAGAGAGAGGGUGGUGAGGGAGGGGCAGGAGGAGAGGGGGGAGGGAGAGGGGGAGGGGCUUCUGGUGUACGAGGAUGCCCCCAUAAUGAGGCCAAUUGUCUUUCUCGGUCCAUCGAGUAGGGACGCUGAGUUGACUGAGCUACUGCAGAAGGCUCUGGUGGCCUUCAUGAAGGAGCAGUUCCCUGGCAGACUCCACACCCACAAGCCUCGAUGGUCUGUGUCUGAAGGUCUCACUGACAAACAAGCGUGGGCUCUGAGAGGCGAGGUGUAUCGUGCUGGCCACACCCUCAACCUCGUUUACCUCGACUGCGAUGCCAGUUACCACGACGAUAUCUCCUGGCUCCACCCACUACUCAUCUACGUCCAAGUGAGUAGGAGAAGAGUGCUGCAGAAACUGGUGGAAGAGAUGACAGCCUCAGCUGAAGAGAGGACGGCUCAACUGCAGGCUGCCUACAGACUGUAUGAACAGAGUACAUUCACCCCAGUGAGCCAAUAGAUUAGUGCUACGGAGUACAUUCACCCCGGUGAGCCAAUAGAUUAGUGCUACGGAGUACAUUCACCCCGGUGAGCCAAUAGAUUAGUGCUACGGAGUACAUUCACCCCGGUGAGCCCAUAGAUUAGUGCUACAGAGCACAUUCACCCCGGUGAGCCCAUAGAUUAGUGCUACGGAGUACAUUCACUCCGGUGAGCCCAUAGAUUAGUGCUACAGAGUACCUUCACUCCGGUGAGCCCAUAGAUUAGUGCUACAGAGUACCUUCACCCCGGUGAGCUCAUAUAGCUCAGUCCUGUUGUUUUUCAUGAGCUAGAGAAAGUUGCAUACGUAGUUAUAUCAGGGUGCACAAUUUACCCAAGUUUUUAGUGUUUGCUACCAAAUCACGUAAGUUUCCAACUCAAAAGUUUCUGUUACACCUUAUGGCUGAUUGUUUUCCUGCAUUUCUGCUACACAGUAUGGUUCAAGACUAACCUUUAGUUUUCCAGGGUACAGAAAAGAAAGGCUGCAAACAAAAACCAUGGGAACCAACAGAAACAGAGCACAUAAAGGGGGAAAGCAGGAAACCUUUUGUGUUACGGAUCCUCUCUCUCCUCAUUCUCAGAGUCCCUAUUCCCUGGUAAUCAGAGAUAGUGACCUGGAUGAUGCCUGUCAGAGUCUGGAGCUGUUCCUGGAGAGUUACUGGGCUGCCACUCGCUCCGUCUCCCUCUCUUCCUCCGCCCUCUCCCACCCUCUCUGAUGGUCUCUCUCUCUCAUCUUCCCACCCUCUCCCAUCCUCUCUGAUGGUUUCUCUGACAUUGAGCUCCAUCUCUCUCUCUUAUCCUCCACCCUCUGAUCUGAAGGUCUCUCCCUCAUCCUCCACCCUCAUCCAUCCUCUCUAACAUCGAGCUCUCAUCCUCCACCCUCUCCCACCUUCUCUAACAUUGAGCAUUUCACUGCCUUCUUUUCCUCAUUCACACUCAUAAGUUUUUUAGUCAACAUAAGGCCAAUCGGGCGAUGACAUGAUGAUACAAAUUGACGUCAUCAUGUCGGAAUUUGUGGUGGGCGUGUGACCAACAGAGAGCUCUGAGAGAGAGAGAGAGGAGAGCGAUCGGGGGAGUUGCCAGAUCAGUCCAGCUGAGAAAGACUUCGAGCUGGUGGUAUAUACCUAAUGUUGAAUUCCCUUUGGAAAUGGCAGUAUCCAGCAACCUGGAUGUGAGCAAUGCCAUCAACCAACUGACUGUGGAAGAGACAAGAGACCUAGUGUUCCAAAUGGGUGUACCGCUAAAUGUCUUAAAAGAUAUCGCAGCCCAGUAUGAUGGCGAAAACCGAAAGCAAAAUUUUGUGCAGACUUGGCUUGAUAGGAAUCCCGAUGCAAGCUGGGAGAAGCUGGUUGCUGGCCUGAGGAAGAUCAACAAAAACUCCCUGGCAGCUGAGAUUGAAUCCGAGCAUCUUUCAAGAGCCCUAGUCCCCAGCAGUGGCUCUCCCUCUUUCCCUUCAACCUCCCCUGCCUCUGUCUCUGUCUCUUCUCCAUCAAAAGUUGACACACCUGAUCCUAUUUCGAACGACGUGUUCUGCCAAGAAGUUGUAACGGUUAAGGUCACUCUAGAGCAGUUGCAAGACGAAUUUUAUGAGGUAAUGACUAGAACACACUCAUCUUUGUCCGAUCAAGAGAAGAACGACAACUCGUUCUUAGACCGGUUUCGUGAUUAUCUCCUGGUUCUGCCUGUUGCCAAAAGACAGGUUCACAUUCGUUUCUUCACUAGAAAUGAAGAUGAAAUCCUUGCAGCUGAAACCAUUAAGAAACUCUUUGCCAUCGUAAGCCGUUACUGCAACUACACCAACUAUGAGAUAAUCUUCCACAUUGUCAAGAGGUUCUGCCAUGAACUGAAGAGAAGAAUGCUGAAUUACCGUGACUCUUUAACCAGUUUUGAAAAGUCUACAGCCGUUGAUGUCUACCUCAGUGCCAUUUCAGCUCAUCCAGGUGGUGCAAUCAGGAAAGGGUACAUCCGCAUGACCAUGAAGAUCAACAAGCUACCCUCCGAGUGUAAACUAUAUGAGAUCCGAGAAUUGAAGGAAUCCAUCGAGGAGAAUGCAGCUUUAGAGUCCCAUGCCACGUACAUUGAAACCCCACUGCCAGGCUCUGUGGUGGUACGGCUGCUUGUUCCCGAGGAGGUUGGUUGGAGGGUGGGCGUGGUCUUGAUGUCUCCUGCCUUCAGAGAGAAACAUCUGACAUACGUGUCAACAUAUUCAACUAGACAUCUUCUCAAAGACUACUUGAAAGGUGAACUGCUAUUGGCCUCUAGUAAAGGAGAUGUGGAGGCAGUGAUAUCACUGAGUGCAGCUGUCGACCAUGAUUGGAUUGGAGUUGUUACAAUGAUGAUGGCUGUUGAAAAAUUUGGCAAGGCUGAAGUUAUUUCACAGCUAUUACAGCCUGGAGCUAACAUUGAUGUGCAGGACAAGGAAGGAAACUCUUUACUGAUGAUUGCUACCAGGAUGGAUUGGACUGACGUUGUUUCACUACUGAUUAAUGCUGGGGCAGCUCAGGAUUUACAGAACAAGGAAGGUGACUCUGCUGUAAUACUAGCCACAACGUACAACCACCUGACAGUCUUGAAGGAAUUUGUCAGAGCUGGUGCUGACUUCAACCUUCAGAACGAGGACGGGCUGACGGCUCUUAUGAUUUCCUCGAGAUCUGGCAGAGCUGAUCUCACAGAGACACUUUUGCUGGGAGAGAACAUCUCUCUCGAUAUUCAGGCUACCAAUGGGUGGUCAGCUCUCUUUUUUGCUGCUGAUAACGGAGAUACCACGACAGCAGAAUUAUUGGUCAAAGCAGGGGCUAACCCUCACCUCAGAGAUCAUAAUGGGCUGACGGCUCUGGAUUUUGCAGCUGCUGAUGACUACAGAGCGGUGUGUCGGCUACUGAAGAAGUAUAUGCAAGGCCAAGACGUCAGAAUAGAUGAGGACUCAUCAGGAUCUACUGCAUCCCUGGAGUACGUCGAGACAGCAUCUACAACGUCACAGGAGUCAGGAGGCGACACUUUGUCUCAAGAUUCGGCGCGUUCAAUAGAAUCCGCAACUAACUCGCAGGAGUCUAAACCAUUUGCAGACAAAUCUGAGGUCACAGCACAGACCGAAACGUAUGACUCUAGACCAUCUACAGCCGAGCCAGAAUACUCUAAAUCGCAGGACUCCACCGCUGAAUCUGAGGAGCCAUCAUCAACUGAAUCACAGGGGUCAGUCCAUACAUCAGCACACUCAUCCCAGGAGCCACCAUCUGAGACACCAGAAGAAACUUUGCAAUCAAGAGCUCCUCAGGCAUUCCGAGAUCGGGUGAAGAAUGCCAGGGCCUGGGUGAAGGCAGCAUUCAAAAGACUCCAGGACCGUGUGUCCAGAUCUAGUAAGAAGAAUCUGGAGUCGGAGGGCCAGAGUCAAGGAGAGGAGAUAUUUCAGCCGUUACCAGUUUUACAAGACAAGGAACUGAUAUCCGAUCGAACUGAUCCAGAACAAAAUAUUGUAGAUGGUUAAUGACCACUGAAAUUACAAACGAAAAGCACUACAGUGCAAACCCUCGGCACACUCGGAUGUAUAUAACAUUGCACCCAUAUGCCUGGUGGCAGAAAACGCACAUGGUAACAGACAGAUGUACAGACAAAA